GGCGAAGGUACCGCACCGCGUGCGUAUUAUCAGAUCUGUUGCCUGGACGUGUUGCUACGGAAUUCUAAACGCAAUGUAUAUGCUCCCAUCACUUUAUGUAGCACCGGUCUUUUGUCUUCCUGAGAUCUCUUCAGUACACGGUGACUCUCGUGUCGGGCGCGGAAAAUGCCUUGCUUAUCAUCUUUGAUCAAAGGCAAAUGACCAGAUUCAUCUUCACAGCUUUGCUUUAAUUAGGUUUCCUCCGUCAAACACCGGUACGCGUCCGACAGCAGAAGCUCGCGGGCCAGUGAUGCUGUGAAUCAUAUAUAUAUAAGAGUUCCACAAACAGUGAGUCCCGAUUGACUGGUACCUCGGACGAUCCCAUGUGUCAUCCUGUCGGUCCCUUGCUUGUUGAACGUUCACCACCGAAUCCAUCCUCUCCCGACUACCUGCUGCAAGGUCGGGACUUCGUUUCUCAACGCUUGACAGGUACAUACGCGACACCUCGCGCAAUGUCGGGCUUCUAUCCCUACCAAGGGGCCGAACCAGAAAAUAGCUGUUACGCGGAAGACGCCAGCUCUGACCAGCCCAUGCAUUUUGCGUCUUUCCAGGAACCUCUUUGGGAUGAAACACCAUUCGAUUCCAGCGCCGACACGGCUUCAAAUCAGACCGUCACUGUUCCCCCAAACUACGGUGGUAGUUCCAAUUAUAACGACCCUACUUGGUCCAACGCUGCAGCGCCCUCUUCUGCUACGACAAGUGAUGUGCCGCCGUAUUCUGCAUCACCUUACCCACCAAGCGAGUUUCAAUACAUGCCAUACCCCUUCCAGUAUCCCGACUCCAGUAGCCCGCCGGCUGCAAUAGGUGUCGCCCAGGACCACACGAGCGUUCUUGUCAAUGAAAUACCAUCGGUGUUUGCAUUAUCACACAUGUCACCACCUACAGCACAUAACAGCCCACUGCCUUCAACAUCACCUCGUGCAGGCACUACUGUCUCGCCUGUGCCCGCGUCGCCGCCUGUCAGUUCUUCAUCAUAAAGUGCUGUAUGAAGCUAUCUCAUGUUCUUUUCUCUAUAGCUACCACACGAUGUCUCUGGCUCUCAGCUCGGGAAAGUGACAUAC